CAAUAACCGUAGGUCAACCCACGUAGGAGGAAUACAUAAAUUGAGUCGCCCUCUGACGAGUAAUUGACAUCGAGGAAUCUCCUGGCAUUUUCACACCCUCUGCACGGGCGACAUCCUAUUCUGUCGUGGCUACAUUGGUCUACACUAUUCUUCCCCCUCUUCUUCUUGAGUGCAAGCUUCAUUCUACCAUUAUGACGAUUUCUGGGAGCUGCCUAUGCGGCGGCAUCGCUUACACAGCUGAAGUGGAACAAUAUAUGAGGGCCCUCUGCCACUGCCUAGACUGCCAGAAGUGGACAGGAAGCGCGUACACAUCCAAUGCCGUUGUCCCUCGGGCCAGCUUCAAGAUUACCAAGGGAACUCCAUCUUAUUAUGAUUCGGUUGGUGCCAGUGGGAAAACGGCCAGGCGAUUCUUCUGCUCGAAUUGCGGAUCGAGCCUAUACACGGACCUGGAAAUCAUGCCCGACGUGACCUGCAUCAAAGGUGGUACUCUGGAUAAUGGUGAGGCUAGUUUGGGAGGGAAGAUUGACGUGGAAUUCUAUGCGAAGGACCGGGCUAGCUAUGUAGUGCCUGUGACGGGGGCUAAGCAGGAAAGUCAUUUUGGCUGAGAUGGUAUGGUUCGCUGGGUACUAUAUUGAACAAGGUCCGAAGAGUUAGGUAGCACCUAAUUUCGCUCCCAGGAGGAUGGUUUGUGGUUAGUAGUUCAGAGGCUUGAUGCAUGGUUACGGCGUUCGGCUUGGUUAUAAUCUCAGAAUGGCCACCUUGUGUGUCUAGGCUUUCCGAGUAGUACAACUAAAAUGUAGAGUUGGACAGGCUGAUUUGAUUGUAAGGAAGGUCAACAGAUGCACUAUAGGGGCAGGGUGACAAUGUCGUUCCUCUCGACAGGCAUGUUGAGGGAUAAGAUGGCGUUCGAGAACGG